AUGAAGGAAGCCGACGACUUGGGCAUCACGCCAAGUGAAGAAAUCCCGGGGAAGAAUAUCAACCCUCAAAGCUAUCAGCAUGCGGAGAAUGUCCACGAGGAAGUCCAAAACACUGAUCCUAGGAAGACGUCUGUCAUCUUCGAGAAUCCCCUUGCCAACAUACCUCGGGAAAAGCUCAUCCAGGACGUGGAACAGUUUUGCACUGAGUUCGGACUGCAGGAACACCUUCAUACUUUCAUCAAGGGAGCUCUUAUCUCCCAGAACCCAUCGGCUGCACUUAGCCUGCCGGAGCUAUCUGAGGAAGACAGGUAUCACCUCGAGCGCGAAACAACCCACAAAUGGUCCCAACCAUGGCAGCUUUAUUUCAUGGCAUCCAUGUGCUCGCUGGCGGCCGCUGUACAAGGCAUGGACGAAACGGUUAACAAUGGAGCCCAGGCUAUUUAUCUGAAGAGACUCGGAGUCGAUGCCCCGCGUUUCGAGCACGGCCACAUGAAGGAUUAUAUCACCGGCCUUGUCGUCGGUGCACCUUAUCUUGCAUGUGCGGUCGUCGGCUGUUGGCUCACCGAACCUCUUAAUAGAUACCUUGCUCGACGUGGAACGAUUUGGAUCUCCUGUUUUAUAGCAGCUGUCGCGUCAAUCUGGGAAGGAGUGGCGAACUCAUGGGUCAAUCUCUUCCUUGCUCGUUUUGUUCUUGGACUAGGAAUUGGUUCGAAGUCUUCCACCGUUCCCGUGUAUGCGGCAGAAUGCUCUCCGGCACCGAUCAGAGGGGCACUGGUUAUGAUGUGGCAGAUGUGGACCGCAUUCGGCAUAAUGCUUGGCAAUAUCAUGGGAGUUGCCUUCAUGGGUCUACAUGACGAUCUCUCAUGGCGCUUGAUGUUGGGAUCAACGGUAGUCUUACCAUUGAUUGUCUGUGCACAAGUAUAUUUCUGUCCAGAAUCACCGCGUUGGUUGAUCCAACACAACAAAAUAGACAAGGCUUUCAAGGCUUUCCGGACCCUUCGGCCGAGCGAUCUUCAAGCCGCGCGGGACCUGUAUUAUGCAUACGUUGGUGUGCAACUGGAAAAAGAAAUCAACAAGGGGAAGAAUUUCUUCAGCAUGUUUCUUGAACUGUUCACAAUCCCUCGCAAUGCCCGGGCCACGCUGGCAAGCUGGAUUGUCAUGUUUAUGCAGCAGUUUUGUGGUGUGAAUGUGAUCGCAUACUACUCGACUACCAUUUUCACCCAGUCGGGAUACAGCACCCAGGAGGCUCUUCUGGUGUCGAUGGGCACUGGUAUUCUCAACUGGAUCUUCGCUUUACCGGCUUUCUUCACCAUUGACACGUGGGGUAGGCGAAACCUGUUGCUUUUCACAUUCCCUUUCCUCGCCAUAUGCCUCUUAUGGACAGGAUUCUCUUUCUGGAUCGAUCCCGAUAAUAAAACCAGCAGGGCGAGAGUGGGAAUGGUAACCACAGGAAUGUAUCUCUUCGAAGUGUUUUACUCGCCAGGGGAGGGCCCUGUUCCGUUCACAUAUUCUGCCGAAGCUUUCCCACUGAAUGUCCGUGAAGUUGGAAUGUCAUGGGCCACUGCAACCACAUGGUGCUUUAAUUUUAUCCUCUCAUUUACUUGGCCCCUUCUUCUGGAUGCCUUCAAACCUCAAGGUGCCUUCGGCUGGUAUGCUGCCUGGUGUGUAAUCGGCUGGUUCCUUGUCCUGCUCUUUGUGCCCGAAACCAAAGCUCUCACCCUCGAGGAGUUGGACCAAGUAUUCUCAGUCCCAACCACAAAACACGCAGCCUACCAGAUUAAGAAUGCCAUUUGGCAUUUCCGCGUCUGGAUCCUCCGCCAGAAACUCGAACCUCUUCCCAAACUUUACGAGACCGAAGGUCUCGGGGAAGGAGCUGGAGUGGUAGUGGAAGAGAAGGCAGAGAAGACUGCAGUAGGCCCUCCGCCGACUUGCACGACUCCGUGA